GCAUUGUAUACUAUCUCAAUCUGUGUCUGAAAUGGGGACUAUUCCACAGGUAUAUGAGUUGAUAUAAACACUAUGUCAAUGCCUCAAAGUGCAAGAUUUAAGUUGGUGGGUAAUUAGCCCAGAAGGGAAGUUGGGCAUAAUCUGGUCUAACUUCCCAGAAUCUUCUCUGUAGCAUUUGUGUAACUUCCCCUUUCAAUACGUGCAGAGGAUUCAUGCUCAUGGAACUAAGGAACCAAACCAGCGCAUCUGAAUUCAUCCUCCUGGGGCUUUCAGAAAACCCAGAGCAGGAGAAUCUCCUCUUUGCUCUGUUCCUAUGCAUGUAUUUGGUCACAGCCAUGGGAAACCUGUUAAUAAUUCUGGCCAUCAAGUCAGACUCCCAUCUCCAAACCCCAACCUACUUCUUUGUGGCCAACCUCUCCCUGGUUGAUUUCUGCCUGACCACCAACACCAUCCCCAAAAUGUUGGUGAACAUCCAAACCAGGAGCAAGUCCAUCUCCUGUCUUUGCUGUCUGACCCAGAUGUACUUUUUCCAUUUCUUUGGCAUUAUUGACAGUAUAUUAAUUGCUGUGAUGGCUUAUGACCGGUUUGUUGCCAUAUGUCACCCCUUGCACUAUACCACCAUCAUGAGUCCACGCCUCUGUGUCUUGAUGGCUUUUAGCCCAUGGGUGUUUUCUUUCUUCAUCUCCCUCACCCACAUCCUCCUAAUGGUUUGCUUGGUUUUCUCUGGCAGCAAUGAGAUUCUUCACUACUUCUGUGACCUUACUCCCCUUCUCCGGCUUUCUUGCACUGACACCACCAUGAACAAGAUCUUUGUGUUCACUGUGGCAGGGAUGGUGUUAGCAAUUCCCUUCAUAUGCAUUCUGACCUCUUAUGCUCACAUCACCAUGGCCAUCAUGAAGGUCCCCUCUGCAAAUGGAAGGAAGAAAGCAUUUUCCACCUGCAGCUCCCAUCUCUCUGUGGUCGCCCUUCUCUAUGGGACCACCAUUGGGGUCUAUCUGUGUCCUUCACCUGUUCACACAGCCAUGAAGCAGAAAGCUUCUGCUGUAAUGUAUACUGCAGUGACCCCCAUGCUGAACCCCUUUAUCUACAGCCUUAGGAACAGAGACCUGAAGGGGGCCCUGAAGAAUCUUAUCAGCAAAAAAAAUUACCUCAUCUUCCUGACCACCAGGACUCCUGGGAGCUUCCAGGGGAAAAAAUCUAAAACUCGGGGGUCUUGGACCAAAGCCUGAAAUUGGGACAGACAGGAAGAGUAGCCAAUUUUACUCUUUAAUUUCAACAGGUUAAAAGGAAAUCUCAAGAUGGUACUGUAACUAUUUUGCCAA